GACCUUUCGAAGAUCUCAAGAAACUCAAUCUGGAGGAAACGGCACAGAGCAUUCUCAAGGAGCUGACUUGAUUGACAACAACAAAAGGAAUUUCUUCACCCAGAUCUACUAAAACCAAAAAAAUGCCCUCUUCUUUUGUUUUAGGGUUCUUCAUUUCUAGGGUUCUUGGAAUGGAUCCCAUCCUCCAGGCUCUCCAAGAUUCGUACCACAGGCUACUCGCGGCGUGCGCGGCGGCGCUGGAGGCUAAGGAAGUAGCAGCGGGGGAGCGAUCGGAGCGCACGGACAAAGCCCUAAAUUCUUUUCUCGAGAACCACCAGCUCUUCCACGGCGCGUGCGAUCGGGCCCAGGAAUUCGUGGAGAGCGUGAGGCAGAGGAUUGGGUCCGAGUGCCUGGUGGAUGAGGCGACGGGCCCGGUGUCGGGCAGGGUAGUAGCGGGGGACGCCGCCAAGGCGGGAGGCGGCGGCGCCGCCGUGGCACCGCUGAGUGCCGUGCGGCUCGAGCAGCUGAGCAAGGCGGUGCGGUGGCAGGUGAUCGAUUUGCAGCAGGGAGGCGGCGGCGGUGCGCUGUCCAAUGCCGCGGGUGGCAGUUUGAGUGCCGUUGGCCAAGCCCCUGGCGCUAUUGUCACUCCAGAGGAUGUUUAAAAAAUGCUUGUUCGAAGUAAAUAGGCGACAUGUGGCACCACUCAAUAA